AUGGCGGCAUUGCGGCGGUUACCGCCGGGAUACGGCUUCCGCCCGACGGACGAGGAGCUGAUCCACGGCCACCUGCGGCCGAAGGUGGAGGCAGCGGAAGGCCGCCGCGUGGACGACGACAACCACGGGCUCAUCGCGGAGGUCGACAUUCUCCGCUACGAGCCGUGGGACCUGCCCAGCCGGUCGAGCCUCGAAGCCGGCGGCGAGUGGUACUUCUUCUGCGUGCUCAAGAAGAAAUAUCUGAACGGCUCGCGCGUGAAUCGCGCGACGCGGAGAGGGUACUGGAAGUCGACCGGCGACGACCAGCCCGUGUGCAGCUCGAGCUCGUCGCGCCCAAUAGGGUUCCGGAAGAGGCUCGUGUUCUACCGGGGGAGGGCGCCACGUGGCGAGCGGACGGCCUGGAAGAUUCACGAGUACCGGCUGGAGCCCGCAGCGCUAUCGCGCCGCGGCGCCGCGACGGGCUACGUGCUGUGCCGCUUGUCCAAGGAGAACCGGCCGCCUGCUGCGAGCGAGCCGUCUGCUGCUGCUGCGGCGCUGAUGGACGUUCUGGAUCUCGAGGAGGCCGACCUCCUUCCCCUCCACCCUGACGCCGCGCCGCUUGUGCCCGUUGCCGUGCCUGUUGUCGUGCCUGCGAUCGACGUGGCUCUGGCCACAUUCUGGGAGAACAUUUCUCGCCAAGAUGUGUCGGCUGGGGGGUCUGCGGAGGGCUAUGUGGCGGAGCAUGGGGCGAGCCACGUGGCAGAGCAUGAGGAGAGCCACGUGGCGGAGGAGGUCGAGUGGCGUACAGUGUACGAGGAGCUGCCGCCGCUCUCGGAGGGCUUUUCCAUCGACGAAAGCCACUCCGCCCUCCCCGCCGCUCCCCCGGCUCCUGCCACUUUCGCUGCACCGGCACCCGGUGGUGUCGCGCCUGCUGCCCUUGCUGGCGCAGCGCUCCGAGUGGCAGAGCGAGCGGCGCCCAGAGCACCGGGCGCAGCGGCUGUACCCUCGAGGCUGGCGGUGCCCGUGCCACCAGCGCCCGUGCCACCAGCGCCCGCAGCAGGCGCAACCACCAUCACCGCGGCCCUCGCAGGGCUGGCUAGGGCCAGAGCGGCACAUGGCGCUGCCGCUCCCCUGGGCCGCACCCACGCGAGAGCAACGGUCCGGGCGAGGUCGAGGCCUGUGCGCGCAGCUGGUGCCGUCAUGCACGGCCGGCGCAUGCAGGCGCUCAACGCGCCGCAGCUGGCGGGUGGCGGUGGGGGAGCGCGGCUGGCGAGCACCAGUGCGCCGUCUCAGAAUUUGGGCGCGCGCCCUGCGCCUCACGAGCAGCUGCGUCUCGCGGAGGCGGAUGGCACUGUGGGUGAUGAGGACUGUCUCAUGGGUGCGCAUAGGUUGUCUAGGGAUCAGCAUGAGGGCAUGGUAGCAGCAACACCCGUAGCAGCAACACCCGUAGCAGAAUUUGAUGGCUGGGGUCUGGAUCCACACAUGGAGCUCAGCGUCGUUGCAGACGUCACAAGGGCUGCACCCAGCCCACCUGUGGCCGCUGGGCCACGUCUAGCCCCUCCGCCCCUCCCUGCUGCCUCUGCUGCCGCUCCUGCAGCAGCGGAGGUGGUGCUUCCGCCCCCAGUGGCAGCACCAGCAGCAGCAGCAGAAGGGGGGGCAGGCGGGUCAGCAGCUGGUGCCGUGGUGGUGGAAGAGGGAGGUGCGGUGGUGGAAGGCGGAGGUGUGUGUGCCGGUGCUCGUCCCAUGGCAGAUCUCAUCGCACACUCUGCUUGGAAAACACGCGCGCAGCGCCACCAGUGGCAGCAGUACCUGCCCGCUCGGCGCUCCGUCAACCUCGGAGCUGCUUUUUCUGCUGCUGUUCGCACACCAGCAGGAGCAGCAGCAGCAGCAGCAUAA